CUCAGGAUACAUUCAGAGCGGGUAUCCUUUCGCCCCAGGAUGGAUGUCACACUGAUGUUGUUCUUACUAGCUUGUAUCAUCGAGUUGACGAACGGUGCACAUGUUCCCAUUGUCAGAAAAGGAGAUCCGUCCAACUGCCACACCCCACUCGGGGUGCAAUCACCCGAGCAAGUCCUCGCGAGUCGGAUCAAGAGGACCAGCGGAGCAGGGGAAGGGCGGCUGUUGGGAGCGGAUGCUUGGGUUACACCGUUUGGAAAAGGUCUUAAUGAGUCGAUCACGGUAGAUUUAGGGCAUGGUUAUAUCAUCUCGGGCAUCGAGACGCAAGGGGACCCGCAGGCGCGACGAUGGGUCACACUGCUCUCUGUUGAAUACAGCCAGGAUUGUCAUCGAUUCACAAUAAUAAAAUCAUCCACAGGAAGCCGAAAGGUUUUUACAGCCAACGUUGACCAGGACACAGCAGUGACAACCAUCUUCAGUGAUAUUAUCCAAGCACGUUGUAUCAAGUUUGUACCCAUCUCCACAAGAUACAACAGAACCAUUGCAUUAAGAGUGGAAGUGUUGGGCUGUGACGAAGGGGAAUGCAGAGUGAUGCCAAUAGGGGUCGCUAGUGCCUCCAUUAUACCGGAUAACCACUUCCUUAGUUCGGAUCAGGGAGUCUCGCCAAAUUACGCGCCACAUCGGGCGAGACUUACAUCAAAUACUGGUUGGAUUCCAAGAAAUAACUCUAACUCUUGGCUGAUUAUAAAAUUUCCGAGCGAAAAGAUCAUCUCGGAAAUGAAAGUUGGAGGGGAAGUCAGAGGUCACCGAUAUGUGCGGAGUUUCACCUUCCAAAUCAGCAGGAAUUGUAUAAGAUAUUUUACACUGAUGGAGGAAGGGUCCACGAGAGAAAAGAUAUUCACAACAGAUUCGACUAGCGGGGACGGUAUUUCAGUGAUCCGUCUUCCGAGCCCUGUACGAGCCUCCUGCGUCAAGAUAGUUCCAAGGACAUACCCUGACCAGGGUGUCGCCGUUAGAGUGGAGUUCACUGGAUGUGGGACAGGAGGAGGUAUUCUUGGUUCUUGUGGUGUGAGGAAACACAAAGAGAAGCACUUCAAAGGCGUCCGUGAGAAGCGUGUGGUGGGCGGUAUCCCCACUGAGCAGGGCGAGUGGCCGUGGCUGAUCUCGCUUAUGUGGCAGGGGAUUGGACAUAAGUGUGGAGGGUCUCUCAUACAUCCUCAAUGGGUCCUCACAGCGGCUCAUUGCGUCUUACGUAAUGACACGAAGAGCGGCCACGAGAUGGUUCGGCCGAGUAUGUGGACCGCCAGGGUCGGAGAGCACAACUUCGAGCUGGAACAGCGACUUUAUGCCGACUUUGAGGUGGAGAGAAUUAUACCACACCCGCAGUUCAGUUGGAAGACCCUCUUCAAUGAUCUCUGCCUUUUCAAGCUGAACCGAUCAGUCGAAAUGAGUGACUACGUCAAUACCAUUUGCUUACCUGGUGAAGAAGAGACGGUGGUGGCUGGGGAGGAGUGUCAGGUCGGGGGGUGGGGGUACAUGACCUACAUGUAUGGUGAUUAUACCGAUAUCUCUAACCACGUGGACGUGACCGUUGUGGAUACACAACAGUGUGACAUCCUUUACGAGGAGUCCUUCCAAAGCCAUCUCAACAUAACCGAGGAGAAGAUGCUAUGCGCCCAUGGCACAGACGGAGGAAAGGACAGCUGUCAGGGCGACUCCGGUGGCCCGCUCAUCUGUCAGAAAGGCGAGAAAUGGGUUCAGUUUGGCGUGACGUCAUUCGGUCAGGGGUGUGGGGAUAAGAAGUUCCCAGGCGUCUACACCAACGUACGUAAACACAUGGAAUGGAUCGACGCCGAAAUCGUUGCGAAUAUCAGAGACUAGGAGAUUGACUGAUAUCACAUGAACGAUUUUACAGAAGACGCUUUUCGAGGGGUUGCCGGGAUCACUGACCUGAAGUUUAUUAGACACGGGAUAUGAAACCCUUGCUACCUUGCUGUGGUGCCCCCCCGGGAUGCCUUGGUCACACCACGGACGAGUCUUCAUCGGUAGUUGUCACCUAAGGUGCUUCCUGCGAUGCCCAAUACCCCCACGCCAUGCCACGUCCAGGCUGCAGGACUCAUUGACAGGCCUGUUUACAAUUUGCAAGGGUCAUUGAUCACUUUGACUGAAAGGAAUAUAUUUUAAAAAACUUGCUAAAUAAUCAGAAAACUAAAGAAUUACACUUUCUAUGUUUUUUAAAUAGUUGAUUAACACCUUUUCGCCCAGGGCUUUACAUUGGCUGACUCUAGGAUAGGCAGGUCUCGCGAUGGAAAGCCUGGACUGACUUUCAUGACACCCCAUGUCCGUGGUUUUCUUUUAUGUCGUGAUACUCAGUAGUCAGUGAUGCAUCUGUGUUCAAUCAUGGCCUUGCUUUGUGCCACGAUAGGCGUCUUCGGAAUUGCUAAUACCAGUCCUGAUUCUUUUGAAGUCCUUCCCAAUUCUAGCUCGAGUAGAUCAGCGAGUGGCAAAGUUCAGGGGUAGGGUAUAUAGAUAGCUUACAUUAAAGCAUGAGUUGACCAGUUCAGGGUAUACACCGAAGUUUACGCCAGAAGCUAGCCAAUACCUCCAUCAUAGAGGCUCUUACAGUCUUAUCAUAAAAAACAAGGAAUAUAGGAUACGAGGGUGCAAUGCAAUGGAAAAAGAUGAUACACAUGAACCUUGCAGUAACCCUCGCCUCUGUCAGUACAGAAAUAUAAUCGACAAACAGAGAAAUAGAGACAGGCAUUGUAAAUACUGUGAACAAAGAGAUGA